UCUCCACAAAGUUGCAUCUCGUGUUUUAGUUUCUUUGUCUCCCUUUUUUUUUUCUCUCUCUCUCGCGAAGAAGAAGAAGACGAGAGAAGAAGAAAUCGAAAGGAACCCUUGUAAACCAACCGAUUAAGAUCUCGAUUUUUUAGGGUUGUUGAUUUUAAUUUUUUUUUCUGGGUUAAAAAAAAUUAGGGUUCUUGUGUAAUCAUGUCGGAUGCGUAUUGUACGGAUUGUAAGAAGGAGACGGAGUUGGUAUUCGAUCACUCAGCGGGAGACACCCUUUGCUCCGAGUGUGGUUUGGUUUUGGAAUCUCACUCCAUCGACGAGACCUCUGAGUGGCGUACCUUCGCUAAUGAGUCUUCCAACAGCGAUCCCAACCGUGUCGGUGGUCCAACCAACCCUCUUCUCGCCGAUAGUGCUCUCACCACUGUCAUCGCCAAGCCCAAUGGUUCCUCCCGUGAUUUCUUGUCUUCUUCUCUCGGGAGGUGGCAGAACCGUAACUCCAACUCCGAUCGCGGUUUGAUUCAAGCCUUUAAAACUAUCGCCACCAUGUCUGAAAGGUUGGGACUUGUUGCGACUAUCAAGGAUCGGGCUAAUGAGAUAUAUAAGAGGUUGGAGGAUCAAAAGUCAAGCAGGGGAAGAAAUCAGGAUGCACUUUAUGCAGCCUGCCUGUACAUUGCCUGUCGACAGGAGGACAAGCCACGUACUAUUAAGGAAAUAUGCGUCAUUGCCAAUGGGGCAACAAAGAAGGAAAUUGGCCGAGCCAAAGACUACAUUGUUAAAACAUUGGGACUGGAGACUGGCCAGUCUGUGGAACUAGGCACUAUUCACGCUGGUGAUUUCAUGAGAAGGUUCUGCUCUAACCUCGGGAUGUCCAACCAUGCGGUUAAAGCUGCUCAGGAAGCUGUGCAAAAAUCUGAGGAAUUUGAUAUAAGGAGGAGCCCUAUAUCAAUAGCGGCAGUGGUCAUUUAUAUCAUAACCCAGCUUUCUGAUGACAAGAAGACUCUCAAAGACAUAUCGACAGCGACAGGAGUAGCAGAAGGGACAAUAAGGAAUUCAUACAAAGACUUGUAUCCACAUCUGUCAAAGAUAGCACCAAGCUGGUAUGCCAAGGAAGAGGAUCUCAAAAACCUCUCAAGUCCUUGAAGAUCUUUCUUUUUAUUCUUCUAUUAUGCAUGCAAUAGAGAACCUAUCUUAUAUUAAAUCCAUAUAUUGAGGAAGAUACAAAAGCAAUUGUCCCUCUCUAGUAGAGAGGCUAUUGGUCUUUUUCAAAUCGUUUUUGGAGUCCCUUUUGCUAUAAGAUUCUUGUAAUGCGUUGAAGAACCAUGGAAAAAAAAAGAAUAUUAUUAUUCUAUAGUAUGAACUAUUUUGUCCUCA